GGGAACUCUCACAAGCAUACUACUCAACUUCCUUUUCUUUUUCCUUAUGUAAAUGAAAUAUUCUUUUUACCUGUGUUUGCGGCUUAAAAUUGUACCUAGAUCGUCUAUGUAAAAAUAUUAUAAAAAUGAAGAGAAAACACAAAGGUUUGAAAACUUUAAAGAAACGAAUACGCGUUAAUGAAGCCAACUUGAAUGACAACCAUAUAGGUUUUACUAAUAAUCCUUCUGAGCAUUUUAGUAACUUAAAUAACAGUCAUAGUAAUAAUUAUAUUAAAGAAAGUAGCAGCGAGGAUAACAGGCAUAUCGACAAUGAUAAAAAUAGCAGAAACAAUAAAAAAGAUAAUAAUAGUAAAUGUAAUAAUAAAAGCCAAGUUAGCUUGAAAGCCGAGCACGUUGAGAAAAAUAAAAACGAACAGUACAGAUAUGGGAAUUACGCAGGGUAUUACGGUUAUCGACUUACAAAAGAAGGUACUCUCGGCGACCGUUUAAAAAUUAUUAACCCUAAUUUGUUUGAGGGAAAAAAGAUUCUGGAUGUGGGUUGCAACACUGGGCUAGUUGCAAUUUACAUUGCUCAGAAUCUUUAUCCAAAGUCGGUAUGCGGAGUAGACUUGGACCAGAUUCUAAUUAAAAAAGCUUGGGGAAAUCUUCGGUGGCAAAGCAGCUCUUAUUAUUAUCAAAAGGAAACGGACAGUUAUAUCCAGUUUCCCAUUUCUUUCUUAAUUAAUUUGGGUACCAUUCCUAUCGACUCGGACGAAGAAGAUUUUCCAGGGAACGUAAAGUUUAUAUGCAAAAACUUUCUAGAUUGGGAGCCUGUAACCCUUUAUGAUACUAUUUUAUGUUUUAGCGUUACAAAGUGGAUUCAUCUAAAUUGGGGAGACGCUGGUAUUAAGAAGCUAUUCAGUAAUAUAUGGGGCACGCUAGAAGACGGCGGCCAUCUUAUCUUAGAACCUCAACCGUGGUCUUCCUACAGGAGUAAAAAAAGAAGACUUGUAGAGCACUCUAGAGUGUUUGCCACAAUCCAACUUAAACCAGAUGAUUUUCAAAAGUAUCUUGAAGAAAAUAAAGAAAAGCCGUGGAAAUUGGUAGAUACUUUAAGCCCUCUUUCUGAUCAAAAAGGCUUUGAGAGGCUCAUCUACAUUUAUCAAAAAUUAUCUUUUCCUAAUGAUUCGAAUUAACUAUUGCACUAUUG